AUCUCAGAAUCUCAGAAUCUCAGAGUCUCAGAGUCUCAGAAUCUCAACCCAGAAUCUCAAAAUGUCAAAAUUUCAGAAUCUCAGAAUCUCAGAUUCUCAGAAUCUCAGAUUCUCAGAAUCUCAGAAUCUCAGAAUCUUAGAAUCUCAGAAUUUCAGAAUCUCAGAAUUUCAGAAUCUCCGAAUCUUAGAAUCUCAGAGUUUCAGAACCUCAGAAUCUCAGAAUCUCAGAAUUUCAGAAUCUCAGAAUCUCAGAAUCUCAGAUUCUCAGAAUCUCAGAAUCUCAGAACAGAAUCUUAG